ACUCUUGUUUUGCUUUGAUGGAUAUAUAUAUGGAAAAGCCUUCAACUGCCAUCGAUGUCUUAAUUAAUUCUAUUUCAAUUUGUCAUACAAGAUGAACAAGAGAUGAAGAUGCUAUUCCCUCAAUAUUCAUCUUUUCUCUUCUCUUCUGGCAAAAGCCAUAUGGCGAUGGCUAUAAAUAUAGUACAAAGGGAAGCCCAGGAGUACCAGAUUUUCAUCUUUAGCUUCUUGCAAAUUAAGGACGGUGAUGAUGGCUGCAAGAAGCUAUAUAAUGCCAGAAGCAAUGGCCAGAGCAGUGCCUAGAAUUUCAUGGACUACUAAAAAAGUUUGCAAAAUACAAGGCUUUUUGAAGGAUACUACACUUCUAAAAUCAUCGACAGAUGAUGACCUUGGAGGUGGCCAUGGCCAUCUGCUGAUCAAGAAUAAUACAAGAAUCCAUGUUAUGUCUUCAGAUAUUUCAUCACCAAGUUUUGCAGUGGAGUUUCUUGAUGCAUGGGAUGAUGAAUAUGGUGGGAUCGUUAUCGAUCCUAGCAGUUUACCCUCUAGUGCUAAUGCUUUUGCAUCUGCCCUCCGAGCUUCUUUGACGAACUGGAAGAUGAAGGGGAAGAAGGGAAUAUGGCUGAAGAUACUAUCGGAACAAGCUGACCUCAUUCCAAUAGCAAUUCAGGAGGGUUUUAACUAUCAUCAUGCAGAACCAGGCUACGCUAUGCUCACAUAUUGGAUUCCUGAUGGCCCUUGCAUGCUUCCUGCUAGCCCUUCUCAUCAGAUUGGCGUGGGAGGAUUUGUGAUCAAUGAAAAAAGAGAGGUUCUUGUGGUGAAAGAAAAAUGUCCCUGUAGCUGCUCUGGCGUUUGGAAGAUGCCUACUGGAUAUAUUAACAAGUCUGAAGAUAUAUUCUCAGGAGCCAUAAGAGAAGUAAAAGAAGAAACCGGCGUUGACACAAUUUUCCUGAAGUUGGUUGCUUUCAGACACGCUCACCUUGUGGCAUUUGAGAAAUCAGAUUUACUCUUUGUGUGCAUGCUGAAGCCAUUGUCCUGUGAAAUAACAGUUGAUGAGAAAGAACUCCAAGCUGCUAAGUGGAUGCCGAUAGAUGAGUAUAUUGGACAGCCAUUUUACGAAGAAGACCAAAUGUCAAGGAGGGUGAUCGAAGCUUCCAUUGCAGCGUAUGAAGGUCAUUAUAAUGGGUUUGCUGCCCGCCAGUUGACCUCAAAACUUGAUGGGAAAUUGUCCUAUUUAUAUUACGAUUGUUCAAGCAGCUUUUAAGGCACCAGGCGGUUGUGCUUAUUUAAUACUAGUACUAAAACUGAUUAUGAAUAUUAAUGAAGGAAAACCGAGUCAAUAAUGUGGUGCUUAGGGGGGAGGGUGGACAAUUCUUGGGCAUCCAGAAGGGGGACCACGUACACAUGGCAGACAGAAGAGGGUUAAUUCUAGAAAGGAACAAAGGGUCCUACCUAAUAAACUCCACUAAAGUCCAUAUAAAUUGCCCCAUUUUUCAUGAAUCUCGUGCUUUUUCUUCUUUCUUCUGGCUCUUUACGUUAUAAAAUUUGUCGCCAGUAAUUAUUUGACGUCAAGCAAUCCAUGUGAUGUGAACGCUUUCUUUAAAGAUUAUUAUGACGUUCCUCGCUU